CGCAGUGCGGAAUUGGACGCCCAUUACGGCGUGUUAUCGAAUACGGCAAUGUUUCGUUUUUUAUUGAAACCAUUAUUAUAUUAUAUUAUUCGAUAAUAUAUAUAUAUAUAUGACACACGACGACGACGUGUGUAUGUUCAACAUAAUAUAUUUUUAUUUCGUUGUCCGCACAGCGCUACGGCUACCGUCAAGGCUGUCCCUUUCUCCCGCUCGUCAUGCGCCACCACUGCGCGCCGCCCGGACUAUAGUAUCACAGUAAUACGCGACGCCGCGCCGUAUCAUCGACAUCGAUGACACGCGACUUUUAAAAGUUUUAUUUUUCUUCUUUAUCAUUACCGACGCGGGCGACGAGGAAAAAAAAAAUAAUAAUAAUAAUAAUAAUAAUACGUUUCUCCGCGGUAGGCACAAAACUACGGAACCGUCCGGUGGCCGGUGGGGAGACAACACUACAGUCGGUGCAAAACUACCAACUAUACAGUGAUAUUAUAUAUCAUUGUUGUUACGAUUUACCGUUUAGGCGUUUACGACAUUCACUCCGUCUCCCGUCCGAAUCAGUUGUGGUGCGUCACCGCCGCCGCCGCCGUUAAUUAUGUGAUAAUCAAUCGACGACGUAAAACAUUCGAAGAAUUUCCCAAAGUUAAACACUGUAUACCAGUGUUCCGCUUUUUGCGUAUCACAUACACACACACACACACACACACACAGACACACACGCUCGCGAUAAAAUAUAAUAAUAUAUAAUAUUCGGACUGUGAUUAGAAAGGAAGUAGUCAGUGAGAGUUUAAUAAACGACACACAUAUAUAUAUAUAUAUAUACACACAUACACAUAAAUAUAAUUUAUUAAUUUUUUUAGCAAUUAUUUCAUUACAAUUUUCGUUUAUUUAAAUUUAUAUAUUUUUUUAAUUUAUUUUUUUUUAACAACUUUAUCGUUCCUACAUUAAUUCCGCAACACAUAAUAAUUAUUAUAUAAUAUUAAUACAGUAUUACGUUUUCAACGGACCCCGGGAGGAGAAACAGCUUGUAGAAAAAUCCAAAAUCACUAAUAAAUAUAUAAUGGCCAACAGAGCUGUACCGCAGAGGCCUAAUGGUCAAACACCAGGAAAAAUAUGUCAGUUCAAGUUAGUUCUUUUAGGUGAAUCAUCAGUUGGAAAAUCUAGUUUAGUGCUUAGAUUUGUAAAAGGCCAGUUUCAUGAAUAUCAAGAGAGUACCAUUGGUGCUGCUUUCCUUACCCAAACAAUUCAUUUAAAUGAUGUAGCUGUUAAAUUUGAAAUUUGGGAUACAGCUGGUCAAGAACGUUACCAUAGUUUAGCACCAAUGUAUUAUAGAGGGGCUCAAGCAGCUAUUGUAGUUUAUGAUAUUACUAAUCAAGAUACCUUUGAAAGAGCUAAAAAUUGGGUGAAAGAACUCCAAAGACAAGCAACACCUGGCAUUGUAAUAGCCUUAGCUGGAAACAAGUUAGAUUUAAAUACUAUGAGAAGUGUUCAGACUGAUGAAUCACAAACGUAUGCCUAUGAAAAUGGACUGCUGUUUAUGGAAACAUCAGCAAAAACAAGUGCUAAUGUGACAGAAAUUUUUAAAGCAAUUGCUGAAAAACUUCCUAAGAAUGAAACAACUAAUACAGCAGGGCAAGGCCGACGUCUAGUUGAAUCUGAAGGAGCUAAUAAGAGCCUUAGCAGCUGUUGUAAGUGAUACAGUAAAUCAAGUCAGUUUUCAUAUGGAUUAUUGACAUUUAAUCAUCUAAUAAACUAUAUAGCUUUGUAAAAUUAUUAAGCCUCAGAAUUAUAUUUAUCAAUUUGCAUUUAAUAUAUUUAUCAAUAUAUUAUCUAAUAAUAUAUACAAAAUGUUUUGUUUAUUUCCAUUAUGCUUCUGUAUGCAUAAUGCGAGUAUAUUGAGCCAUCAAGAUGUCAAUACUGGCUGAUGUUGGUCAUGUUCAAUAAUAGUUAAUACUUAUUUUCAUUCAUUCGAUUUUUUUUUUUUUUUAGCAGUAAAAUUGUUUAUAUUUAAGGAUUUUUUUUACUCAAUCAAGUUUUUACUAUCAAUUUUAAAAUAAAUUAAAUAUUUUACCAUAGCAAGUCAGGUAGAUUUUAAUCUAAUUAGUUAUUACUUAUAUUAAACUUAAAACUGUGCAUUUUAAUUAAAUAUUAUCCUAAUUAUUUAUUGAAAAUAAAUUAGUUUAAUACAAAAAUUAUUGUACCUACACUAUCAUAGGUCACUGCCAAAGUGAUCAGAAAUUUAACUGUUUUUAUCUGAACCGUGAUUUGAAUGGUGAUAUUCAUAUGUUGUUACAUUGUUUGGUUACCCCUCUAAACGUUUGCGAUAAUAUUGUGAUUAGAAAGUUUUUGAUGAAAUCGGCACUCAAUACAAUUUUAUUUAUAGAAUAUUAUAACUGUGAACUCUGUGUUACUAAAAUUUAAUCACAUAUUAUAUUAUAUUUUAUUUUGAAACCAUUAAAAUAUAUACUAUUGGAUCUAUUUAUAUAUAUAUAUAUGUGUGUGUAUGUAUUAUGUAUGUAAAAUAUAUGGAUAUAUAUAUGUAUAUGUAUGUAUAUUUACCAGGUAUUUGUUUAAUGGUAUAGAAUUUUAUUGUUAUAUAUUUUAUCCAGAAAUAAAUUAGAGUUAUGUAAUUUACUAUGUAUAUUUCUUAAUUUUAGUGGCAGUUUAGUAACUAGGUUUGUGUAAAUGGUGGAAGAAUAUAAAACAAAUAUUGUAUUUUAUCAUUACAAAAUCAUAUUUAUUUCAUUUCAAUUUAUUGUUUUGUUUAUUAUUAUUAUUAUUAUCAUUAUUAUUAUUACAAGUACUUUUUUUUUUAAAUUAUUUUGUUGCUUUGAUAAAUUAUUUUAUUUAGAAAAAUUGAUAUAUAAGAAAAAUUCCAUUAAAUAUAUGGUUGCAAUAUAUAAAUUUAUAUUAAAUUUAAAAUGUUUGUGUAUAAAGUAUAAUAAUAAUAAUAAUAAUAAUAAUAAUAAUAAUACAAAUAACAGAUGCAAUUGAAACAUAUUGACCAAUGAAAUUAAUGUAUAUUUUUUUAAUCAAAUUUACUACCCAAUGAGUAGUUAUAUUUUAUUUUAUUUAUUAAAUGCACGAAAUAUUAUUAUUAUUAUUAUUAUUAUUUCUAUAAUACAUAUAUACAUAUAUACAUGUAUUAUAUAACUUAAAUUAACAAUCAGUGUUAUCAUCAUAAUCACAUUAAUUUCAUUUUAGUUAAUUUUUGUGCUGGACAAAUAAAACUGUAAUAACUGUAUCUAUUUUAAUAACUAUGUUGAUGUUCAUCAGUAAUUAUAAUUAUAUUAUAAAUAAACAGUAGUAGAUAAUAUAACUGAAAUGUAAAUAUGAUACAAAAUAAUUAGUUAUGUAGUUUUAAACAUUAUAUAUAUAUAUAUCAUAUAUUAUAAAAUAUAAUAUAAUAUAAAACAUGAACAUAGUAAAAUAAAUAAAGUUGAGUUACGCGUUAAAAAUUAGUAGACAAUAGUUUUGCAUGUGAAUUUUGUAUUAUAGGUGUGAACAGCAGCGCAGAAGUCCAAAAUUAUAUAUAUAUAAUAGUAAUUUUGGUUAUGAACAAUCAAGAUCUAUAAAAAAAGUUAUGACUUCUCACUUAGUCAUAGGCGGACAUUUGAUUAACUUUUUAAGGGAUUAUAAUAAUCCAAUGUAAAGUAUCCCUGCACCCCCUUUUUUAUACACAAAUAUAACAUAUUACCUUCAAUUUUUGUGGGUCUAUUGAAAUACUUUGGUGGCUAAGCCCCUUUAAGUCCCUCCGAUGUCCGCCUAUGCAUUUAGUAUGGCAUUGUCAUUUGCCUUUCAGACAAAUAUAAUAUAUAUAAUAUGAACUUAUGCGGUACUGGUUAUAGACCUAUUAUAAGGACCACAUUGAUUUAUAUCAAAUGGUUAUGGUUGUUGACAUUUUCAGUAGAUGCAAUGAAACCAAAAACUAUUCUCUAUUUUAUUCAUGUAGACAGUAAUUGCACAAUAUAAACUAUAGUGAAGUGCUUAGAUUUUCAAAAGUAUAAAGUAGGAAAGUAGUUAAUUUUUUAGAUCAAGUACUAAUAAUGACUCAAGUAAAAAAUAUAAUGUUUUUUCUUAAACCUUAAACCAUAUAAAUAAAUACAUGUAAGAAAAUUAAAAAUAAUAAUAAUAAUAAUAAUAAUAAUAACAAUUAACAUGUACCCCAAUGUAUUCUAUUAAAAUAUUUUAAUUUAUUUAUUUUGUAUAAAACUAAUUUAAAAUUGUUAAAAAUGUACAAUAAAAAUAUUAGCAAAAAAUAUAA